UCUCCAUGAGCAUCGAUAGACUGCAUAUAGUGUACACCCUCACCUUCAAAUUCCUGGUAUUUUAGCAACUUCUCCCACAGCGGUCACAAAAGCAAACAGGUCGCUUUUUUAAUAAAUUCAAGCAUUGCGCAAACGAGAUCAAACACUGGAAACCAGCAAACACAUCAUAAUCGCCCCUCGCGACUUUGGCCUCAUUUUGUUCCUGAGCUGCAACCCCACUGCCAACAUAGGAAAACACGGCCACGGGCAAAAAGACGCCAGAGAAGAGACCUCCAUCAUGAGUUCUGCCGCCGUCGCCGCCGCCACAGGCAAUGAUGCCACCAAAACACACCAGAUCUCCAUCCCACUCCCCCGCUCAUUGGACACCAGGCUCUACAUCCACCUGACCGUCCGCCCAAAGUCCAUUCUGCUCAUGGUGACGACCGCCUCUGCCGACGAAGCCACAACCCCGACGCCGCUGGGCUCGUUUGUCUAUGCCAUACCAGACCGCUUCAAUCCAUCCCAACCCCUCUGUACUCCCCUCAUGACCGUCGAGCCGACGCUUGAGUUCGCCACCCGCCUGGCCCGCCUUGUCGCCAAGCGGUCCGGCCUCCCCACCUACGUCGGCAACUCGGUGAGCCUCAUGAGCGCCGGCAUGGGCGGCACCGCCGACGAGGAGAUGGAGGCGUUCCGGGCUGUUGUCGACGCCGUCGUCGCGAGCCUGGCCCUGCCGAGCUCCAAUGGUGCCGUUUGAUGGGGACGUCGUGGGUGUUUUGUGUGCUGUGCUGUGCUGUGCUGUGCUGUGGUGGUUCUUAGAGCUGGUUUCUUUGAAAAUGAAGAGUAGGCUCAUGGACGGAUGAGUAGGAUGAGCUCUGUCUAUCCUUCUUCUUCACGACAGGUAGCCGCAGAUCCGCCCAAAAUCAUACAAAGCUCUGGCAACAGAUAUCACUCAAGUCACCCAUGAGGAAUGAAGAAAAAAAAGGUAGCGAAGUACUUAUAUAUUACGUCUACUUCUCUCAGCAAGCCUGAAAGCUCCACUAUCCUGGCAUGCUAUGUACUAUUGCUUGAACUCCAAAUUUGUUGCCGUGUUACAUAUCAUCGUUGCCAUCAUU